AUGAUGCGUUCAUUGUUUUGUCUCCUGCUGCUGCUGAAAACAGGACACGCUUGGGUGGCCAGCAACUUUCUUAUGACAGGACCAAAGGCCUACCUCCCCUAUGCCAGAAGCGUGCAGGUGGGGACGCAGAGUGGGGCUGCAGAGUGCAAACACCAGUUCUCCUGGGACAGAUGGAACUGCCCGGACAGCUCCAUGCAGCUCAGAGGACUGAGAAGAGCCACCAGAGAGACGUCUUUUGUCCACGCCAUCAGUGCAGCAGGAGUCAUGUUCACUCUGACCAGGAACUGCAGUCUGGGAGACCUGCAGAACUGUGGCUGCGACCAGUCAAACCAUGGCAGAACUGGCGGCCGCGGGUGGUUGUGGGGGGGCUGCAGCGAUAAUGUGGAUUUUGGGGAGAGGAUUUCCAAACAGUACGUGGACGCGCUGGAGACGGGACAGGACUCCAGGGCCGCAGUCAACCUGCACAACAACGCAGCAGGACGCCAUGCUGUGAAGGCAACGAUGAAGAGGAUCUGCAGAUGCCACGGCAUGUCUGAGAGCUGCAGCAUCCAGACCUGCUGGAUGCAGCUGUCCAGUUUUAGAGAAAUCGGCGAUUUCUUAAAAAUCAAGUACAAUCGCGCUCAAAAACUGAACGUCGACAGAAAGCGGCAGAGGGCCGGAAACAGCGCGGACAGCCGAGGAGGAGCCAUCAUGGACACGUUCAGCAGCAUCGCUCAGACCGAGCUGAUCUACUUAGAGAAGUCUCCGGAUUACUGCAGGAGGAACGGCAGUCUUGGGCUCCACGGCACGGAGGGCCGGGAGUGUCUGAAGCACGCAGACAGCCUGACCCAGUGGGAGAGAAGGAGCUGCCGCAGGCUGUGCAGUGACUGCGGCCUGAAAGUGGAGACGAAGCGCGUGGAGGUGGUGAGCAGCUGCAACUGCAAGUUCCACUGGUGCUGCAAGGUGAACUGUGACGACUGCGUUCAAGUCAGGGUCCAACACGUGUGUGCCAGGAGGGAGGGCGGGGAUGGGCCUGCUUUCACGCGGCGACAUCGUGGGCCCAAGUAA